AAGCUAGCACCACUGGUCAGCUGAUCUUUAAUAUUUAGGAUUAUCAAUUACAACCUGAUUUUGUAAAAGUUACAUUUCAAACUCCACAGCUCUAACCAAGUAAAUAUUUUAUAGGUUAGAAUUUAAAAAGAAGUAGAUACGAAUAUCAAAUCUGCAAGGCUGAGAAGAUACCCUACUUACAAAGUUAAUUUGCUACAAAAAUGAGUGGCAGUUCGCCAGUUUAUUACAAUGCGGAUACAGUCCGUCGAUUUCUUACCUGGCCGCUGGUCAAUGAAGCAGUGGAAUCGGCGCUUAAGGCUGUAGUUAAAUCCCAGGAUCUGGGGACCACCUCCUCCUCCUCCUAUGCAAUCCAACCGAAGAGAAGUUUCACCGCCUGCGGCAAGAAACCUGGCAAGGUCCUCUUGACCAUGCCCGCCUUUGUGGGAGACUACAGCCUGGGAUCGAAGGAAUCCCCGAGGGAAGUAGGAAAUACCCGCUCCACACUGGCCUGCAAGUUGGUGACCUCGUUCUCGACCAACUCCCAGCUGGAUCCUCCGCUACCCUCCAUCCAUGCUCAUGUCCUGCUCUUCAACAACCAAACUGGUCAACUAUCGUCCAUAAUGGAGGGCACGGAUUUGACCACCUGGCGCACUGUUUCCGCCUCUCUGGUGGCCACCAAGUAUCUGUACUUCCGACGCUUUGGUUCGCAGGCCGAAAAGGAGAGGGAGAUCAACGUGGCCAUCGUGGGCUGUGGCGUCCAAGGGCAACUCCAUGCCGCCGCUUUUUGCGCCAACUUCCGGGUGAAACAGCUCAGUCUUUACAAUCGCACGGAGGCGAAAGCCCAGAAAUUGAGGGAGCAACUGCAGCGGGAACUGGGCACCGAGAGCGAAACACAGAUAAUAGUUUGUCGGAGUGCUAAAGAAGCUUGUCAGGAUGCCGAUGUCAUCUGCGUGGCCACCUACUCCAACGAGCCGCUCGUCCAUCUUGAGUAUCUGAAAGGCAAACAGAGCGUUCACAUUAAUACUGUCGGUGCCGGCGAAGUCCACUUUUCGGAGUUAAGUCCCGACAUCUACCGCCAGGCUAAGAUCUAUGUGGAUUGCUAUGCCAAUGCCGAGGCCGAAUUGGUGGGUCUUCCAGGCCCCAUCACCGCUGAACUGGGUGCCAUCAUCCUCAACAGAAACUAUCCCGGAAAAACGGACAUCUCCAUUUUCCAAUCCUUGGGCAUGGCUUCGGAGGACGCCUGUGUGGCCCAGGCAGUGCAGGAUGCCAUCCUCUCGAGCGCCGAGCGUUCCUGAUUGCCGUUCAGCUGGAAAACCAAGCCCGGGAUCAGCCCAACUCAAACCACCGGCUCGUUAACCUUUCAUAUGUAUAUAUGUGUAUAUAAAAAAGCUAUUGGAAACAUAACAA